AUGUUCUCUCGACCCGUCGUAAGGAUUGUCCUGAAACAGAGCCGGGCAAUUUGUAAAGCGACACCCCUAUUAAACGAAGGAAGCGUGAAUGAUCUCAAAUCUUUGUUUUUCAAGGAGACAGAGAAGAAGCCCGCCACAAGGGACAAGGUUAACCACUUCUCUCCCACCGAUCGAGUGUCUGCUCCGAAUUACAGGAGGAAACAAGUGCAGGAGAAGAAGAAUGACGGAAUGAACAAGGAAAGGAGAGGAAAGAAAGAGUUCAAUGGUAAGCAAGGGUUUGAGAAGAAGGACAAGAAGUAUCGGAAGGAGAAAUACGACAAGAAGGAGGAUCUAUUAGCUUUUAUGGAGACGGGAAACGACAGAGACAAGGCUGCUGCAAAGCGGGUCCUAUCGGAAGCGUUGCAAGCCAACAAGGGCGGGCUAGUCCAGUUGAUCCGUGAAGGUGGUGCCGAAAUUGUGAAGGUUUACAAUGCCUUCAAGGGCUUAAAGUUGAGCGAGCAGGGUGUCAUUAUUGUUGGAAACAAGAGGAUCAAGGAGGAGGACACCGACAAGCAUGGACUACAAGUUGGCGACAAGUUACUCAUUUUAAAGGUUGUUGAUCGUAUCCAAGCGAUAAAGCAAUAUGGCGACUACCUCAGUGAGCAAGUUGUUGACAAACUGAAGAUGAGUGGCAGCAGUAUCUUGAGGAAGCAAAAUAAGGACAAAAAGGACGGUGGCCGUGGUAAGGAAGUGAAGGUUGUGCAGAUUGGGUGGGGGAUCAGUGGCAACGAUCUUGCUGGCCAGAAGAAGUUUGAGAUUGAGAACCACUUGAAAAAGGGGCACGAUGUAGAUAUUAUUUUCGAUGAUAAGGAGCAACUAGAUAAGGACAACUAUGCGACUGCGAACAGCGGCCCCUCUGAGGGGAGUGAACAGUGGCAGGAGCUGCAGAAGAGGCGGCGGCGGGAAUUGAGUGACGUUGAGCGUGCUGUUAGAGAGAAGGUGAUUGGGAAGGUGGGAGAGAUACUGGAAGGCAUCGAGAGGCUUCCCUCCACGCAUGUUGAUGGACGGAGAGGGUAUUUAGAGAGCCGGACGGUGAUCCAUGUGAAGGGGCUCUUGAAGAAGGACGAGAACAGCAAGAAGGCAGCCAAGGAGGCCAAGGCUAGAGAGAAGGCAGAGAAGGCAGAGAAGAACCGGAUGAGACGUCUCGAACGAGAGCGUCUGGAGCGAGAGCAGCUUAAGGAGCUGACCCUGUAA